AUGUUGUACUCGCAACUCGCCGUCGCUAUCCUUGCCAUCGGUACCGCCAAUGCCUUGCCUUCUGCAGCGGCAUCCAAGUAUGCUGUCAAGGAGCGCCACAUUGUCCCACGCGCCUGGACCAGUAUUGGCUCUGCCCCUGCCGAAGAAAAGAUUCAUCUUCAGAUUGGUCUGAGACAAGCACAACAAGGCCUCAUCGAACAGCACCUCCUCGAGGUUUCUGACCCAGAGCAUCCCCGUUAUGGCCAGCAUCUCUCGCAUGACGAGGUCAAUGCCAUCGUCGCGCCCGCCGAUGAGUCAGUCAGCCUGGUCAGCAGCUGGUUGGAGGAGGCUGGCAUCUCAGACGCCACAUUCACCGCCGCCAAGGACUGGGUUCACGUGGUGAUCCCCAUUGGAAAAGCAGAGGAAUUGCUUCAGACCAAGUACGAGAAGUACCGCCACCGUGAUGGUGCGACUGUGUCUCGUGCCAAAGAGUGGUCACUGCCGCUCCACCUGCACGAACACAUUGAUGUUGUGCAACCGACGACUUCCUUCUUCCGUCCACGGCGUGAGUUGAAGACGAUCGAGUCGGUGAGCGAACCGGUCGCGGAGCCGUAUUGGAAAGCAUACGGCGACGCAAAAGUUGCAGAAUCAGGCCCAUCACCCAGCACAAUCGCCGCUAUCUGCAAUGAGACCAUCACAACCCCCGAGUGCAUCCGGACUUUGUACGGCACCAUCAAUUACCAGCCAAAGGCCGCCGGAAAGAAUGCCAUGGCUCUUGCCAACUAUCUCAAUGAGACCAACAAGCGUUCGGACACCCUGAAAUUCCUGCAACUGUAUCGCCCGGAUGCGGCAGAAUCUGCCAAUGAGUUCAAAAUCAUCACAAUCGCAGGUGCACCAGACAACCAAGGUCCAUAUACCGCAGCUGAGCUUGCAGCUGGCACCAACAUCGAGGGUAAUCUCGAUGUUCAGCAGAUGCUGAGCAUUGGCUACCCGAUUCCCUUGACCGCAUACAGCACCGGCGGCAGCCCGCCCUUCUCCCCGACUCCAUUGGACACCGAAAAUACAAACGAGCCAUACCUCGUCUUCUUGAACUACAUCUUGGCUCAAAAGACCAUUCCGCAGGUGCUCUCGUCGAGUUACGGUGAUGACGAACAGACGGUACCGUUGUCUUACGCGGAUCGCGUGUGCUCUGGAUUUGCUCAACUCGGCGCGCGUGGGGUGUCGGUGUUCUUCAGCUCCGGAGAUGAUGGUGUUGGGAAGAAUGGCACUUGCUUUCUUGAGCAACAGGGGGGCAAGCCCGGCUUCACUCCCGACUUCCCAACAGGUUGUCCUUGGGUGACUUCGGUUGGUGGUACCAAGUCAUUCCAACCCGAGGUAGCUGUUUCCCGAUUCGGCUCUGGUGCUGGUUUCAGCAACUACUUCGGUCAGCCUUCCUACCAGUCCAAGGUUGUGAAUGCAUACGUCAAGGGAUUAAAUGGUAAAUUCGAUGGCUUGUACAACAAAUCUGGACGUGCCUACCCUGAUGUCGCGGCUCAAAGCAACCACGAUGCUAUUGUAUGGAACGGCACCGUACGCACUGUCGGCGGUACCUCCGCAUCUUCGCCAACUUUCGCCGCCGUCAUUGCCCUCGUCAACGAUGCCUUGAUCGCGGCUGGCAAGCCUUCGCUCGGCUUUCUCAACCCAUGGCUCUACAAAGGUGCAUACAAGGCGCUCACCGAUGUGACGAGCGGAAGCAGUAUCGGCUGCAACUCAACUGGUUUCCCUGCCGCUGUUGGAUGGGAUCCAGUGACUGGUUUCGGAACACCAAACUUCGACAAAUUGGUCAAAGAAGCCUUCAAAAAGAAGCAGCCGUCCAGCUAUGGUCCUCCUAGCUACAGCCCACCUGACUAUGGUUCAAAGGGCUACUGA